AUGCCAACUCAACCGCUUUUUCCUUUCUCUCCGUCUAUCCUGUCGAACACGGUUCCACCUUACAAGCAACGCGCCAAUCCUAUCCAACUUCCCCCUAUUGUCCCCGUCCAGCGUGGUGAACCGCUCACUAUGGACCAAUGGAAACGGCAUUUGGAUCCCAGUGGACGGGUCACAUGUGUAGGAAAUUUGCGACAAAUCAUCUUCCAAGGAUUCACUGUACCCACUGGUUUUACUUUCCAGGGUGUAGAGCCAAGCUUGAGGCCCAUCGUAUGGAAAUACCUACUGGGUUACUAUCUCUGGGAUAAUACAGCCGCAGAAAACGAAAAACGCCGAAUAGACAAGCAUCGAGAAUAUCACAAAUUGAAGCAAUUUUGGAAAGAAAUGUCCGUCGAACGCCUGGACCGAUUCUCCCUUUUUCGUGAGCGGAAAUGUUUCAUCGAGAAAGACGUGCCCCGCACGGAUCGCAAAUGCAGCUUCUUCCGGGAUGAUUCGAACCGCAAUCUGACUCGUCUAUACGAUAUCCUGUUAACCUAUACCGUGUACAAUAUGGAUUGUGGUAAGCAUUUUGAAGUCCCUGCUCUUUUCGUUCUCUUCUACUCUCCUACUUUGCUGUUUGAUACGGUACUGUACUUUAUUUUCUAUGGUGUUGUGAGGGAGGGGAGGGGGGUAAAUCAGCGUAUUUGCCAGUUAUUUUGUGAUUUAUUUACCCUAGAACAAAGUACUACAUAUCCUGAUUUUCUAGCUUUUGCAACCAUGAACUAUGCACAAUUCGUGUCUCUUUUUUGGUUACUGUUUUCUGACUGUCCAUUUCGCUGA